AUUCCGCACUAGAUCAUUGGCCAAUCCAGAAGUUGUACGCUUAGUUGAACACAGCAAGCGACAAAUUCGUGGCUUCGUUGGAUAUCAUAAGAUGCUAGAAAGGGAUCUCUAUUUGCUUGUUUGUCUGGCUUUCAACCACUGGCACACAGGAAUCGAUGAUCCAUCGCUUUAUCCUCAAUGCGUACUCGCGAUCCAUAUUUCGAAAAGAUUAUUGGUCGAGCAAAUAGUUCCACCGCCAUGCAUUUUGGCCGAUUCCAUUAUCAAUUUAACCCUGGCGAAAGGCCAACGGCAUGAAGGUCGUGAAGGAAUGACGGCUUACUACUUAACGAAGGGCUGGGCUGGUUUAGUGGUUAUGGUUGAAAAUCGCCAUGAAAACAAGUGGAUCCAUGUGAAAUGUGAUUGCCAAGAGAGCUAUAACGUUGUAUCAACGCGUGACGAAUUGAAAACUGUCGACUCAGUUCCGCCACUACAAAGGUAUCCUAUUACUAUGCAUGACUCUUCGAAACAUUUAAAUGCUAAUUUUGUUUUCAUUGUUAAAAUAUCUAUAAUCAAUUAUUCAACGUUUAAACUACCAUCGUAA